AAGGCGCUGCAAGCACUCACUGGACGCCUUCCGGAGACGCGGCUUGUGCGCUCUUUGCUCGAGUUCCAACGGCAAGUGGAGCAGGCCAGCGCCGAGGCAACGAACCCGGUUGCUCCAUUCGUCCCUCGCUACCGCACACUCCGCGUCUUCAGUCUGCCACAGAACAAGAUGGGCGGUGGUCUACAACUACCUGGUGUUGGAGCUGCUGCUUGAGUCGAGCCCCCUGGUGCCGUCCAGCCUGUCCCCGCACGUGGCCCUGCCACGUAGAAACGGCGGACCACGCGCGGAGCGGCUCUGCGUGCGGCUCGUCCAGGAACUGAUGAGUCACGCUGCCACGGCCCUGCUCGCGAGACCCUUCGUGGAACAAGCCACCGCUACGCGAGCCAAUGUGCGCGAGAUGCUGACCCGGGUGGUGGACGAGCUGAAGCACCAGCUGAUCGACUACCCGUGGAUGCAGGAUGCGGUGAGCCAGUACGCCAUCCAGAAGCUGAACGGCGUGCAGGAGCACCUGCUCUACCCGCCCUUCGUCGAGGACAAGAUGGUGCUCGAGCAGAUCUACCGCCAGGUGCCUGACCUGACCGGACAGACGCCGCUCGCCGACUGGUUCCGUGCGCGGUCGGCCAUCAUGCUCAAGCGCUGGAAGGCCCUCAGCGGGAAAGGACUGUCCCCGCUGUGGGACAUUCACUACACGGAGCCCAGUGUAACCUACCUGCAUGACUCCAACGAACUCGGCGCAUUCCACGACGCAACUGGUGCGCUGCGCUUCUGGUGGGAGCGCGGCACCUACACCAAGCUUGAGUGGAUCGAGCGGUGCUUUGGCCGUCGCUACGCCGCCUCAAGCUACUCUACUGAGGGACGGGGGACGCAGCCCCAGGAGGUCAGGGACGUCCUGCUCGACCGGGUAGCCCUCCAAGUUGCCCAUACGGUGUACGCCGAGCGGUCGAAGCGGCGUCCGGGGCCGAGGCUGGCGGCCCUGCCGUCUGCCUCUGCGGAGCAGCUCUUCUUCCUCGCCUUCGCCACGGGCCAGUGUUCGGGAAACCGCCCCCGGCCGCACCUCCGGUGA